UCAUAUCCUUCCUCCUCCAUCAUUGCUCGCCUUUUCCUCCUCCUCCUCCUCCUUCGUACGUCGUUCCUUCCUCCCUCCCUCUCUCUCGCCUGUUUGCCUUUUGAAUUGAGAUCUCGGUUCUCUCCUGCAAAGAUCGGUUGGGUUCCGGGUGGAAGCUUCGGAGGGGGCCCCGUUUUGACCAGGAAUGAUGUCUUUCACAAGGAAUUAUGACAUGAAGGGAGGUACCUACCAUGAUGGUUAUUGGCCCUCCAAUAUAAACAGCUUCAGCAACAAUAAUUACAGAACCAGAAACAGAAGCAGCAGUUAUUUUGGGAAUUAUGAAAGUUUCCGUGGGAACUCCAGGGAAAUCAGGGAUCCUAUUGACAAUUUCAACUUUGAACAUAUGAAGCCCAAUGAUGCGCCUUCCGUGAAAAGAAGAAAAUAUUCAUCAUCCUCGUGGGGAGCUUAUGAUAAUGCAUCUCUUGCUUGGAAGAAUAGAGUACCUCUUCCUGCAAGAAUAAAUGCAGAUCCAUCUACUUCUAGCAGUGGGAAGCGUGAGAGGUCUCGACUAGAGGAUGAUGAGGUGGUGUUCAUGUCAAGGGAUGAGAUCGAGAGACUUUCUCCAUCUAGAAAGGAUGGCAUUGAUGCCCUACGAGAAACCCAAUUGCGAUACUCGUAUUGUGCUUUUCUUCAAGAUCUUGGAUUGCGUCUCGACUUACCCCAGACCACUAUCGGAACUGCCAUGGUUCUUUGCCACCGGUUUUUCGUCCGAAGGUCUCAUGCUUGCCACGAUAGAUUUCUAAUUGCCACUGCUGCUCUGUUUCUAGCUGCUAAGUCUGAGGAGACACCACGCCCUCUGAACAAUGUCUUGCGGGCAUCCUGCGAAAUCUUUCAUAAACAGGACAUUUCUUUUUUGUCCUAUAUACUCCCUGUUGAUUGGUUUGAACGAUAUCGGGAGCGAGUAACUGAGGCUGAGCAAUUGAUUUUGACGACACUGAACUUUGAGCUCAAUGUGCAACAUCCGUACACUCCUCUUACCUCGACUCUUAACAAGCUGGGUCUUUCGCAAGGUGUUCUGUUGAAUCUGGCUCUGAACCUGAUCAGUGAAGGGCUUCGGAGCUCGCUUUGGCUUCAAUUUAAACCCCAUCAGAUUGCUGCUGGAGCUGCGUACCUUGCUGCUAAAUUCCUCAAUAUGGAUCUUGCAUCUUACCAUAGUAUCUGGCAGGAAUUUCAAGUAACACCAUCUAUUCUCCAAGAUGUGGCCCAACAAUUGAUGGAACUGUUUUAGGAGAUAACAAGCUGCUGUUGCUUUGCGAUAUUGUGGUUGCUCCUUCUAAUCUUUGAAAGAUGGAGAGCCCUUUUAAUGUCACAAGUCGGGACACAUGUCUUCUCAAUGACAUCGUUGCUGUAAUUGUGUCUCGAGUUUGAGUAGAUGGGUUGUACAGUGAGCAGAAAGCAAUGAAAUAUGCAGUCACUGAAAAAAGUUUCUAGUUAAGUUAUAUGCAUUCCGGGGAAAAAAGGUAUGACAUUGCGGACUAUACUUUGCAAAUGCAAAUGAGCUUG